AUGAAUUCUCGUCCAAGUUCUGCGACUAGUCGUAAGGAAACCAUACGAUUUAACAAUAGCGUACUUAGAAAAAAUGCCCGAAUAAUGAGAUCUUUUCGAAAAUGUUCGAGAGACUGCUGGAAUAGUACUGAAACGAAAACCGCAGUAUGUUUCUCAAAAAGUAGUGCUCAGAAUAGCGGCGGCUCCCAAUGCAGCUCCGGAGACGACGACGACGACAGAGAGACGUGCUAUAUCAGUCUAUUCCAAGUGUGCAUGAACUAUAUGUUUCCUAAAGCGUUUCCCAUGCCAACCACCGAGUAUCGGUUCAGGAUCAAGAACGAUUGUUUUAUUUCAGACCCGACAAAGAAGAUCACCGGGAAAAUAUUGUCGCCGGUGGGCAAGUACUCAAAAUUUCCGAAAGGAAUUUUCCUUCUAUCCCCCUCGGAAAACCGUGUGAUAAAAUUAUAUUGUCCCGGAGACAAAGAUAAUCGUUCGAAAUGUCGAAAUGUCGAAAUGUCGAAAUAA